GAAGGAACAAAACAAUGUUGAAUUUUUAACAUGCGGUUAAAAUUUCCUGAGGAAUUUGAUAAAAAAUCAUUUCCAAUUUGAUAAUUUCUCCCUCCACACCUUAAAGUGAACCCCACCUUCAAAACUAUUACCAAUAGUGACUCAUUUAUUGUAAAGUGUUUUGUGUUCACAGACACGGUAUACGUCAAAACAUUGUUUUAGGUUAGAAUGAGUAAUCUCAACUAAAACCACACUAAUUCCCGCUCAAUUAACACCAUUCUUAACGUGUUAAUAUGCUUUAAUUUGCCAUUACAUCAAAAUCAAACGCACAAAAAUGUCCGGAAACGAUACGACGCCUUUGAAGAACGCCAAGUUCAACUACUACCACAGCAUAUUCAACAAGUACGACAGAGACCGGGACGGUUUCAUAACAGUGCACGAACUGAACGACAUAAUCGAGAGCAGGGAAUAUGAGCACGACAUCCCGCCCCACGUCGUCCAGAAAAUACACGAGAUGCACGACGUCGACGGCAAUCAGAAGCUCGACUUCGACGAGUUCGUGGCCAUGAUCAACAACCCCAAUCUCAACUACCUGUUCGGUCACUACUUCACGCGGUAUGUCAACUGGAUGGUGCCCCGAAGGGAGGACAGUUCUAGGACGGUCACGGACGGGGAGUACGAAGACGAGUACAACUGUUACCCCCCGGCAGUGGGCAUGAUCAUCAUCAGCCUUGUGGAGAUCAUUUUUUACUGUAUCGAUGCUGCCAGGAACCGACAUGAUGCAAAUGGACCUGCUGCUGCCCUAUUUAUUUAUGACCCGAACAAAAGGGGGGAAGUGUGGAGGUUUGUCACCUACAUGUUCGUCCACAUUGGUGUGAUGCAUCUGAUAGUGAACCUCCUGGUGCAAAUAUUGCUGGGGAUCCCCCUGGAGAUGGUGCACAAGUGGUGGCGAGUUUUGAUAGUCUAUUUCGCCGGAGUGUUGGCCGGCUCCUUGGGUACGUCCAUCGUCGACCCGGCCGUCAAAUUAGCCGGGGCUAGUGGUGGCGUGUACUCCCUGUUGGCUGCCCACGUCGCCACCAUCAUCAUGAACUGGAAGGAGAUGUCGUUCCCCCUCGCCCAACUUGCGGUUUACCUCAUUGUGGCGGUGACGGACGUCGGGACGGCGAUCUACAAUCGCUACGUUUUGGAUCUGGACAUGAACAUCGGCUACGCCUCCCACAUCGCAGGGGCUCUUGCCGGUCUUCUGGUGGGCAUUUACGUGCUUAGGAAUCUCAACGUGCACAGGCACGAGCAAAUUAUCUGCUACGUGUCGAUGGUGGUGUACGCCCUGCUGAUGGGCACCUGCAUAGUGUGGAAUCUUGCCUGGCCCACGUACUUUGGGACGCCCCCAUUUGCCGGACGGUCGCAUCUACCUCUCAACCACAAUUCCUAAUCUUGCAUUUAACAUGGGUUACAACGAAUGUGCCUUGACUUAAAAUUAGAUGUAUUUUUAUACUCAUUUUUGAUAUUGUUAAUCGAAUUUCAAAGUUUGUGCUUGACUGCUCUUUAAAGAGGUGUAUUUUUAUAAGUAGGUUUAUUAGUACAAGUAUUUUUACAUAUCAGUACUUAAUAUAUUUAUAUUAUUAUUAUUAUUUUAUCAAGUUGGUUGUCUCUAGUGUUUUAUAUAAUAAAAUAUUUAUUAUUAUGCAUUUGA